AUGAGCUUCUGGCCCGGCCGGCUUCUCGUCCUCUCCCUGACCUCUGCGCUCUGCUGUGAUUGGCUCUCACACUACGGUCAACUGAGCAACAAAUCUUUGACGCUCAUCGAUCGCAUGGGCGGAGAGCUGACUGAAGAAGAGAAUCCACUUUCCUUUCCAAACAGAUUCUACAGACGCAUAAGGAACAAAGGGGUGGUGUCUCAGCUUGUUUUCAUCAGAGACAGCCUGAAAUUAAUCGCUAAUCUCUUUGAACACGCCAACCUCUCCGCCGCCAACUGGGAUAACGACACGACCGAGAAUUUCCUCACAAUCAUCGACAGACAGAUAGAUGAACUCGAUAGCUGUGUGUCGACUAACAGAACGGCCAACAGCCAGCUGGAGAAAUAUUACAAGAGGCUGGAGAGGAGUACUGUGCAGCGCAGGGGGGGCAGCGCUGCGUCCUGGGAGCUGCUCAGGAAGGACACUAAACGCCACCUGGUGCUGCUGGACAUGUUGGUGAACUCCAUCAGAGCUCCUGCUGCAGUCGGCAGGAGGCGCUCUGCUGCUCACUGA